AGGCCCAGGGGCCCAGCCCUGGCGUCCUCUCAGGGGAGGUCUCUGGCCGCUGCAGACCUCAGCAUGUGGGCCCUGCGGGGCUGCUGUUCCUGGUCCCUCUGGGGGCAGGGGGCAGCCUUGCUGUUGCUGCUGCUUGGGGUGCCCCCUCGAGGCCUGGCCCUGCCGCCCCUCCGAUACUCUCACGCCGGCAUCUGUCCCAACGACAUGAAUCCCAACCUCUGGGUGGAUGCCCAGAGCACCUGCAAGCGGGAGUGUGAGACGGACCAGGAGUGUGAGACCUAUGAGAAGUGCUGCCCCAACGUGUGUGGGACCAAGAGCUGUGUGGCGGCCCGCUACAUGGAUGUGAAGGGGAAGAAGGGCCCCGUGGGCAUGCCCAAGGAGGCCACGUGCGAACAUUUCAUGUGUCUGCAGCAGGGCUCUGAGUGUGACAUCUGGGACGGCCAGCCAGUGUGCAAAUGCAGAGAUCGCUGUGAGAAGGAGCCCAGUUUCACCUGCGCCUCCGAUGGCCUCACCUACUAUAACCGCUGCUACAUGGACGCUGAAGCCUGCUCCAAGGGCAUCACGCUGACUGUCGUCACCUGCCGCUAUCACUUCACCUGGCCCAACACCAGCCCCUCACCACCCGAGACCACUGUGCAUCCCACCACGGCUCCCCCGGAGACCCCUGGGCUGGACGCCACGGCCCCAGCUUUGCUCAACCACCCUGCGCACCAGUCAGUCACUGUGGGUGAGACGGUGAGCUUCCUUUGUGAUGUGGCGGGUCGGCCCCGGCCAGAGAUCACCUGGGAGAAACAGCUGGAAGACCGAGAGAAUGUGGUUAUGAGGCCCAACCAUGUACGCGGCAAUGUGGUGGUCACCAACAUCGCCCAGCUGGUCAUCUACAACGCCCAGCCCCAGGACGCUGGCAUCUACACCUGCACAGCCCGCAACGCCGCUGGCGUCCUGCGCGCUGACUUCCCACUGUCGGUGGUCAGUGGGGGCCAGGCUUCAGCCACUGCAGAGAGUAGCCCCAGUGGCACAGCCUUCCCCACAGCUGAGUGCCUGAAGCCCCCUGACAGCGAUGACUGUGGUGAGGAGCAGGUCCGCUGGUACUUCGAUGCCCAAGCCAACAACUGCCUGACCUUCACCUUCGGCCGCUGCCACCACAACCGCAACCACUUUGAGACCUAUGAGGCCUGCAUGCUGGCCUGCAUGAGCGGGUCGCUGGCCGUGUGCAGCCUGCCUGCCUUGCAGGGGCCCUGCAAGGCCUAUGUGCCCCGCUGGGCCUACAACAGCCAGACAGGCCAGUGCCAGUCCUUUGUCUACGGCGGCUGCGAGGGCAACGGCAACAACUUUGAGAGCCGUGAGGACUGCGAGGAGUCCUGCCCCUUCCCUCGGGGGAACCAGCGCUGCCGGGCCUGCAAGCCGAGGCAGAAGCUUGUCACCAGCUUCUGUCGGAGCGACUUUGUUAUCUUGGGCCGAAUCUCAGAGCUGACCGAGGAGCCCGAUUCAGGCCGUGCCCUGGUGACUGUGGACGAGGUCCUAAAGGAUGAGAAGAUGGGUCUCAAGUUCCUGGGCCGGGAGCCGUUGGAGGUCACUCUGCUCCACAUGGACUGGACCUGCCCCUGCCCCAAUGUGACAGUGGGCGAGAUGCCGCUCAUCAUCAUGGGCGAGGUGGACGGCGGCAUGGCCAUGCUGCGGCCCGACAGCUUCGUGGGAGCCUCGAGCACGCGGCGGGCUCGGAAGCUGCGUGAGGUCAUGCACAAGAAAACCUGCGAUGUCCUCAAGGACUUCCCCGGCUUGCAGUGAAGCCCUCUGCCUCUCCCCAGCCCUCUUUCUGAUCCUCUUCUACUUACCCAUUCCUGGUGACCCUCAGUCAGCAAACUGGGCAAGGUCAGAUUAGACAGGCCAACCUGGGAAGAGCGGUCAGUGCGUCAGAAAAAACCCCCCAGAGGAUCUUAAAUCAGCUUCUAUUCUUUGGAUUUGAUAAUGGGUGGGAGGGGGACAAAAGAAGUCAACCAACAUUUGCAGGUUAUUCCUGAUGGCCAGUCUCCUCUGACUUUGUUAUCUUCUUUUGGCUGACCACUCCCUCCCCUGGCUCUCCCAGACUCCCUGCCCAUAGCCAGACUCCCAGGCAGGAUUCUAGAGAUGGCGGCUGGCUGUAGGAUGGUCACAGGAAUAACUGAAUGAAUUGGUUUGCUAAAAAGGUAGGUGGGGAUAGAAAGGAGGGCCCAGGAACUAAUUGGAUAAACUCCCCACAGCCCUCCAGAGCACUAUGAACAGAGACCACCUCGUGGUGAGGGUUGUGGGAAGCGGGAAGCAGGAGGCAUGAUCCAGCCCAGGGCACAACUUGCCUUAAGUGGAGGCUGCCAGACAAGUCCUUUGGGUGGUGGCCAGCCUGUGCUUUGAUCAUGUUGGCCUAGCAGUCUCUGAGGCCACCACAGCACAAGCAGAAUAUGUUUGUCAUGCUUCUUCCCCCUGGCUUUAUUGAUUGAUAUAUUGAUUAUUGAUUAAUUGAUUCAGUUUUAUUCAGCCCAAGUCAGUGGAAAUUUUCUGAACACUUACUGGGUGCCAGGUGCUAGGACCACAGAGAGACGUUAGCUACUGCCCAGCUCACGGUGACUGAACACGAAUGUCCAGAUCCCAGGGCUCUCCCAGAAGCAGAUAAAUGGCUGGUGCUCCCAGCUGGCAAAAGAUCCCUUUGACACAUAGUGAGUUCUCAGUUGCCACUCGCUUCCUCAGACACAAAGUCAAUAGAAGCCCCAGGGUCUGUUCUGAUGGGAAGAGAAAUAAAGGAAGAGGAAAAGCAAGGCAAGGAAGUGGGUUGGUAAAAGAAGGAAAGAGGGAAGACCGGGAGGUAGGCUUGGGAAGGGAAAGGAAUGCUGCUCAAUGCUCCCAUCUGGUGGUGGUCUCUGGAGCUGCAGGGACCUAGAGGGAGACUCUAGGUGUGGCCUGGGAGGGCCAGUUUGAGGAUGUGGCAGCUUGUUGAUUUCUGUUUCUGGACUUCCAGGACAAGUCCGCUAGCCCACUACUAGAUUUAGGAUUUGAGAAAGCCACUGUCAGCUCUUCAUCUACCCCUCUUCAAUCCUCCUCAGCCUUCAUUAUGUCCAUGCCCCUCCAAAGCCGAAGAAGAUCAUUGUGGGGCAUUCUCAUUUCUUCCUCAAAUGUAGGGGGAAGAUACCAAUUAAAAGCCCAUAGU